UUAGGUUAGCCAGUCAGACCACGAUACUGGUCGGUGGGAGAAGCACCAUCGUUUCGUGGUCAAUUUCGCGGUGAACAGUGUUGUUUGGAAAGCCAGAAAUUAGUACGAGUAAGAAUGCCAUCAUCGGAUGGACCUAUUUUUUGGCUUUGGGGCUGCUUUUGCCUCUGUGUUUGUGUGUGUGUGUUUAUUGGAGCCUUUUUGCUUGCGCAAAUUAGUGGUUACGGUAGCAAGGAUUUCUAUUAUUGCCUAAAUAGGGUCAGCUGUGCUCUGCAAACUAUAUUGGGCAAAUAUCUACAAUGAGUAUCGAAUACGGUGGCAAUACCUAACAAAAAAUCGUUCGAUAAGUAAGGAUGUAAAAAGGGAGACCCGUAUCGGUGUGUUCUAUCGUAAAGUAACAAAUGAAACUACUUAGUUGAUUUUAGUCAACAAUCGCCGUACUCGCUUAGAGGUAAAAAGUGCUCGCGUGCGAAAUUAGUGUUUGGUGCGUAGUUGUACGAAUGUUGGAUUAUCCAUACCCUAGUGCAGUGUGAAUAAAAGAGUGAGAGAGAAAUCCGCCUGUUUGUCGCAACAAUCGACCUUGCCCAUUACAUUUUGCUGAACCUUGUGCCCACUAGGCAGUGGGCUCGCGACUGUGUCCAGUCGGUAUAGGUUGUCAACUUCCAGACGCAGACGCCGGCCUCCAGGUCUUGGGACGAAAUGUUGUGUCGCGGGCAGCACCAAAUAUGGCAAAGCCGUCGCCGUUAUGCUGUCGUCGAGGACGGUGCAACAUUGCCACCGUAGAAACUCCCACCCCGACUACACACGGCGGGCUUGGAUCCGUGGGCUGUCUGCCGCAACACAAAAAAACACACCAAAACCUGUAGAUACCAGCCAACGAAGAGUCUGUUUUUUUUUUUGUUUUGCUCGCCGCGUGUUCGAAGUGCACCGUCGACGACGUGGGGUCGGGUUCCCGCCGAUUCGACCAAGGGAACAUGAACAACUUCCAGCGCCUCAGCUUGUACAAGCGGAAACUAAACGGGUACUCUAGUUUGGAUUUAUUCGUUAUGCCUAUAACAGACAAGCCGCGAUUAAAUCACUCACAAAAUGCCAAAAAAAACAUACCAACUACACCCAACCCAUGGGUCAUCGGCGGUCCACCGGGUGGCAAAGACGCCGUUCUGGCAUUUCGUACCUACGCUCUUUCGCCUGCGGCUUCUGAGAAUGGCACGGAUCUGUCUCCCGGGGGCAGCCCCUCUGCCACACCAUCGUCGGACGCUACGUCCAGCUCGUGCCCAACCGAUCCUGUAGCUACCGGUAGCGCAACAACCGCUCGGCUGGCCGAGCUAAAGAGCGCAACCAAAUCAUCCACCGCCACUGCCACCCAUUCUUCACUGCCGAAAAAUUUUAACGUUCAGCGAAAAACGCGCGGAACGGCACCGAGCAGAAGCAGUACCACUACCGAGGACGAAGAAGACGAGGAGGAUGGCGAAGAUGGAGAGGAGGAAGACGAUGACGAUGAGGAUGAGGUAGACCAGGAUGAGGAAACUGCAGCACGGGAUGUAGACGUGCAGGACGAGGAGAUCGACGAGGAAGAAGGUGAGGGUAACGACGACGAGGAGGGUGGAGAUGAAACGGAUGCCGGUACAACGUCGCAAGAGGAGUCAAGUCCUGCCAAGGGCAAGCCGUCUGUCGGCGAAGCGACGCGCACAAAUAAACCUAAAAAACGCCAACUCGAGUCGUCCUCCUCGUCCAGCUCGCUCAGCAAUGCGUCCAUGUCGAGCGUAAAGGGAGGCUCGGGAGACGAGAUUGACACGGAAAUGUCGACCUCCAAAUCGGAACCCUCGCUGGCGAUGGCUGCGCUGGAUAAGAAGCUGGCCGCCCAGCGCAAGCAAAAGGAGGAAAACAAGGAGAAUCAGCAAACAGCGCCGUUGAAAACGGAAAUGCCUGCCGCCCAGCUUAACAUUUGCUACAAGUUCAUCAACACCGAGACGCGACUGCUGCGAAAGAUUUUGAAUGCGCACGGCAUGGGCGAGAGUGGCCCGGAGUGCAAUGACUUCAAUCUGCUGUGGACGGGAAUACACCUGAAGCCCGACAUAUUGCGCAAUUUAGCCCCGUAUCAAAGAGUGAAUCAUUUUCCUAGAUCCUACGAACUGACCCGCAAAGAUCGUCUGUACAAAAACAUCGAGCGGAUGCAGCAUCUUCGGGGCUACAAACAUUUCGACAUUGUUCCACAGUCAUUUCUACUGCCACAGGACUACAAGGAACUCAUAGCAGCGCACAACAAAUGCCGCGGUCCGUGGAUCGUAAAACCGGUUGCAUCUAGCCGAGGUCGUGGAAUUUUCAUUGUAAACUCGCCGGAUCAGAUAUCGUCGUUCGAGCAGGUCGUGGUGGCAAAGUACAUUUCCGAUCCGCUUUGCAUUGACGGGCACAAGUGUGACAUACGCAUCUACGUUGCCGUGACCUCGUUCGAUCCGCUCAUCAUCUACAUCUACGAGGAGGGUCUGGUCCGGUUGGCGACGGUCAAGUACGACAGGACGGCAGAAAACCUCUGGAAUCCGUGCAUGCACCUGUGCAACUACAGCAUCAACAAGUACCACACCGAUUACAUAAAGUCGAGCAACGCGGGCGAGGAAGAUGUCGGGCACAAGUGGACACUGAGUGCGCUGUUGAGGCACCUCCGCAGCCAGGGCUGCAACACCGAGCAGCUAAUGCUCGCGAUCGAGGAUUUGAUAAUCAAGGCAAUUUUCUCCUGUACGCAACCAAUCGUGUCGGCAUGCCGCAUGUUUGUGCCGCACAUUGGCAAUUGUUUCGAGCUGUAUGGGUUCGACAUCCUGAUCGACGAUAUGCUGAAACCGUGGCUGCUGGAGGUGAACCUCUCGCCGUCACUCGGGUGUGAUACGCCGCUCGAUACAAAAGUGAAGGCUUCGAUGCUGACCGAUCUGCUCACAAUGGUGGGCAUACCGGCCAUCAGCCCGCUGCAAAAGGCGUGCUACGAUAGCAAGGGCCAAAAGAUACGCAACCUUACGACACCCUACCGGCGGGUAAACUCGGCCGAUUUUGUGCACACCACCAGCGGACGGAAGGAAGGUGCUGGAACCGGUGGCAGCGGCCAGCAGCAGCAGGGAAAGGGAGACGGUGGUGGUAAGCUGCAGACGACGCUGAGUGCGCUGACGGCGGAGGAACUGAAGAUUGUGCGCUUUGCGCGUUCCCAGUACGAGCGACGGGGUGGUUUUGUAAGGAUCUUCCCAACAAGCGAUAGCAUGAACCGGUACGGAUCCUUGCUGGACCCAAUCACGGGCAUUCCCACGUCGGCCAUCACGUCUUCGAGCAGUGGUACUUACCUGAUGAUCAUUCCGCACAACUACAAUCAAAUGUUGCACUCGCAGCUGUUUCCACCUGGUAGUGAAACUGAAAAUCGCAUUGUCCAUCGCAUCCAGAAGUACGAACGUGCACUGGAAAGCUCGUUACCGAUUACCAUCGGCCCAAAGCACGCGGCCCCCAAAUGUGUCGAUGAGGCGAAGCGGCUGCGAUUGCAGGUGCGCAAACUGAUUGAGAACGGGCACGAAAUGAGCAUUCUGCAAGCGAGGCGUGCUUUUGGCUUCUACCUGGAGUACAUCCUGAAGCGCCUCUCGUCCGAGCCAAAGCACAGCCACGAGGAGCUGAUCAUGAAGUUCUUGUAUCGCGUCGGGGCGCACAUGAAGACGCCCUUUUUCUUCCGCAACUUUGGAAAUAAGGCACUGGGCAAAGAUCGUGGCGCUAUGGUAGCGAAGCAGCUGGGCGAUUAUCUGCAUUUGUACAACAAGGAAACCGAAUCGUACGUGGACGUGUUUGACAUCGUCGGCAUGCUGCCGAUCAAGCUGUUCGACGAUUUCCUGAUGCAGGCCGGCGAGGCGGAUCUCGAGUCCGUGCUAACGCUGCACACUAAUCUCACGCAGCAGAUGCCGUUCCUGUACAGUGGCUGCUCGACUAGCGUGCCACCGGCACCUCCCAUCCCGGUUGGUGCGCACGGGUUCCUGAAAGCCCUGCCCAGCAUGGCACCGGGCGGUGCUAACAAGGAGCUCAUCCGGUUGGAUCCGUUCUAUCGACGCGUUGAGAGUAGGCUACCGCUCGGUGCUCGAGUAAGUGGACUGUCCGAAGUGCGCGGAGCGGGCGGUGCAGGGGAAUCGAAAAGCUCGGCAAGGCUCUCGCCCAUGAAAAAGAAACCUCCGAUCGGGAGCAUGGUGAAGUCUUCGCGCGAGCGAGAGCAACGUUCGAACUGGCUCUAUUGAAUUGACGCUAGCGGACGUUGCGUUGUAGACUCGUAAGGGCAUUAUUUAUUUGUUGUAUGUUGUUUUAUAUUUUAUGUUUAGUCGAAUCAUGUGUGCUUUUAGUUCGUGCUAGUUGUAUUGUUUUGUAAAUGUUAUUGUUGUAGGUUUUGUUAUUUUUUUUAUAUGAAUAUUAUCAUCACGCAACAAAAUGUAUUGCUUAGCUUCAGCGAAAGCAAAAGCACGACAGCAAAACUCAAUUCACUCAUAUGGUUUUUCUAAAGACGGCUGAUAGUAAUGCUGGUCUCAUUUAACCGGAUCGUUUUAUGAGCUACAACUUUGGAUUAAACAGCACAAAAAAGGAAAGAUUUCUCAUUAAAAUUGAACGAUCAUUUCAUGGCAGCCACACUGAAAACUAUUGUUGGUGCAUAUAGGCGGCCGUAGUUAAUCUGGGUGGCAGCUAACACUGGCUCGCCCCAAAAACGUCUAAAACGUCUAGUCAUGUAUUCCAAAAAUGGUGAAAUUCGUUCGAAAAAAAAACAAACAAACAAACAAUACAAUUAACAGGCUGCGUUGUGAUUGAUGCCGGUUGAGCUAGUGUAGAAAACUGCAACAUUGGCAAAGCGAAUACUGAACCUGUACCAAAAACUGAAUUAGCGAGAGGGCAAACCGAAACGAAUGAAACACAAAUGCAAAACAUUACCCCUCGAUUGUGAUAUGAAAUGAUAUAAGAUACUCAGAUGCUGCUGAAUGGAUGGAUCCACAAACGAACAGAAUACAAACUAGUGCAACAAAUGACAUACAUUUAAGCAGUUCAAACGUAUUCCGUCAUAUAUGAAACGAAAUCAAGUGCUUUUUCCCUCGUCACUCGCACAGGAGUUUUAAUGUGUUUUAGCCAGGUAAACUAAAAAUACAAAACAAAUCAAUGUUUCAACAAACAAAAACAAACAAAUGCAACGAUUGUGAGGCCGUUAAAUGAAAUGCUGCUUUUUAAGCGGCUAAAUGGAAAAGUAAUAAGCACAAAAUACAAAACAUAGUAAUAGUAAUCUACCUUUUUGGGAGAGGAGGAGUAAAAAUUAUUAUACCGCAAGCGUUCAUUGUGUGCUCCCGAUGGGCGCAAGUUUAGAGCUAAAAAGCCAUUGCUUAAUAGUAGUAGAAGUUUAAACUGAUGCCUGCUCACUGAUUCGCUUGUUGUAAUAAAUAGCCAGCGAUUUAAGUUUCGGUGUGCAUUGAUUUUAAAUCGUUAGCUUGGCUUGAAAAUAGACACUCUUUGUAACGAUACGAAAGCUAUACGAUGCGUGUGAGCAUGUUUCGAACGUUAUUGGGCGAUCGCCCCUUAAAUAUGCACAAUUUUGAAACAAUUGUUCUUCGGCAUGCGUAAUUAAAUAAUACAAAUCACUCCGACACACACCAAUAGAGAACUCCAAAAAGAAAACCAGUUAACCAAACGAGCACCGUGAGUGAGUGUGCUCAGCAGAAUUUACAAUCAUUAUAGAGCGCUAGUGAUAUAAAAAAAAAAUCCGGGCCUGAAGAACAGGAAGAGUUUCAGGGCAGCAGCAUAUAUACACGGCACAAACCCUGUUGCUUCGAACAUACAUUUUAAGCGUACAUAAAACAGCACAACAUUUUGCAAUACUUAACGUUUGAACGAGUAAAUGGUGAUACAUGGUGAGGACUUAAUAGUGCAGCACAAACAUUAUGGUGGAUAAUGCAAAUGUGAGGAUAUUACAAACGCACCUAGCUCGCUGAUAAGCUUUGCUAUGGGUGAUAAGCAACAACAGUUGGAUACCGCACAAAUUUUUAACAUAUUCUUAAGUUUUGUAAUGUUUUUUUUUUGUAUUAAUAAUAUUAUUUUAUUGCAACAUGUGGCGCUCACUUACGGACUUGUCUAAGAGUAACAGACAUUCAUACGUUCCGGGUGCAAAGUGUAUCGGAUUAGAGUGCACAAAGCCGGUGCACACGAUACAGUCGUUGAAGCAAAUAUGUGUAUAAGCCGAAGCGAAUGGUUUUCCUAAAAAUAAAUCCUAAAACAGCAAACAGGAAGAGUUUUUUGGUAAAUGAACCGAUAAUAGGAGAAUGCUUUAAACUAUCCAACACAUUGAAGUUUUUUCCAAUCUUUUCAAUAAUAAAAUAAAAUGCCGGUAGGUUGUUUACAGAAAAAAAAUCCUUAUAUUUGCAACAGAAUCCACAAAAUAAACUACCAAUUCAAAAAUGA